GGGGGAGUAUAUAGAAGAACACAGGGGUCUGUACAAGGACGUGAUGAUGGAGAAUCACCGGCCCCUCACAUCACUGGAUGGACCCAGUAACAGAGCUACCCCAGAGAGAUGUCCCCGUCCUCUGUAUUCCCAGGACUGUACAGAGGAGAAUUACAGGAUCCCACAGGAGGUUCAGGAUGAGCACCUUUCUGAUAUGAAGGCAGAAGAUACAGAGGUAGAAGAAGAGACGUAUGUGACUGAUAUGAAGGCAGAAGAUAUAGAGGGAGAAGAAGAGACGUAUGGGACUGAUAUGAAGGCAGAAGAUAUAGAGGGAGAAGAAGAGACGUAUGGGACUGAUAUGAAGGCAGAAGAUAUAGAGGGAGAAGAGACGUAUGUGACUGAUAUGAAGGCAGAAGAUAUAGAGGGAGAAGAAGAGACGUAUGUGACUGAUAUGAAGGCAGAAGAUACAGAGGGAGAAGAAGAGACGUAUGUGACUGAUAUGAAGGCAGAAGAUAUAGAGGGAGAAGAAGAGACGUAUGUGACUGAUAUGAAGGCAGAAGAUAUAGAGGGAGAAGAAGAGACGUAUGUUACUGAUAUGAAGGCAGAAGAUACAGAGGGAGAAGAGACAUAUGUGAUUGAUAUGAAGGCAGAAGGUAUAGAGGGAGAAGAAGAGACGUAUGUGACUGAUAUGAAGGCAGAAGAUAUAGAGGGAGAAGAGACGUAUGUGAUUGAUAUGAAGGCAGAAGAUAUAGAGGGAGAAGAAGAGACGUAUGUGACUUAUAUGAAGGCAGAAGAUAUAGAGGGAGAAGAAGAGACGUAUGUGACUGAUAUGAAGGCAGAAGAUAUAGAGGUAGAAGAAGAGACGUAUGUGACUGAUAUGAAGGCAGAAGAUAUAGAGGGAGAAGAAGAGACGUAUGGGACUGAUAUGAAGGCAGAAGAUAUAGAGGGAGAAGAAGAGACGUAUGGGACUGAUAUGAAGGCAGAAGAUAUAGAGGGAGAAGAAGAGACGUAUGGGACUGAUAUGAAGGCAGAAGAUAUAGAGGGAGAAGAGACGUAUGUGACUGAUAUGAAGGCAGAAGAUAUAGAGGGAGAAGAAGAGACGUAUGUGACUGAUAUGAAGGCAGAAGAUACAGAGGGAGAAGAAGAGACGUAUGUGACUGAUAUGAAGGCAGAAGAUAUAGAGGGAGAAGAAGAGACGUAUGUGACUGAUAUGAAGGCAGAAGAUAUAGAGGGAGAAGAAGAGACGUAUGUUACUGAUAUGAAGGCAGAAGAUACAGAGGGAGAAGAGACAUAUGUGAUUGAUAUGAAGGCAGAAGGUAUAGAGGGAGAAGAAGAGACGUAUGUGACUGAUAUGAAGGCAGAAGAUAUAGAGGGAGAAGAGACGUAUGUGAUUGAUAUGAAGGCAGAAGAUAUAGAGGGAGAAGAAGAGACGUAUGUGACUUAUAUGAAGGCAGAAGAUAUAGAGGGAGAAGAAGAGACGUAUGUGACUAAUAUGAAGGCAGAAGAUACAGAGCGAGAAGAAGAGACGUAUGUGACUGAUAUGAAGGCAGAAGAUAUAGAGGGAGAAGAAGAGACGUAUAUGACGGAUAAGAAGGCAGAAGAUAUAGAGGGAGAAGAGACGUGUGUUACUGAUAUGAAGGUAGAAGAUAUAGAGGGAGAAGAGACGUAUGUGAUUGAUAUGAAGGCAGAGGAUAUAGAGGGAGAAGAAGAGACGUAUGUGAGGAGAGAUCAGAAGUGUAAGGAAGAGGAAAUGCCUACAGAUAUCAGCACAGCAGAUGGAGGCACAAGCAGGAAUUCCUUGGAGGGAGAUCUCAUCUUGUCUGCAGAUAGUAAAAUAGAAGAUAACACCACACAGGAUUCUCCAGGAGACAUCCCCAUUUCUCUAACUAUACAUCCAGUACCUGAUACUUCAUCUGAUCCCUCCAACCGCGAUGACUGUUCAUCUAAUACCUCAGAUUUUGUUAAACAUCAUGCAGCUCAUACAUGUGAUAAAAUAUUUCCAUGCUCUGAGUGUGGGAAAAGUUAUGCACGCAAAUUACAACUUGUUAUACAUCAGAGAAGUCAUACAGGUGAGAGACCAUUUCCAUGUUCUGAGUGUGGGAAAUGUUUUAUAGUCAAAUCACAUCUUGUUGCACAUCAGAGAAGGCACACAGGUGAGAGACCAUUUCCAUGUUCUGAGUGUGGGAAAAGUUUUGCAUUCAAGUCACAGCUUGUUAUACAUCAGAGAAGUCACACAGGUGAGAAACCAUUUCCAUGCUCUGAGUGUGGGAAAAGUUUUGCACGCAAACUAGAGCUUGUUAUACAUCAGAGAAUUCACACAGGUGAGAAUACAUUUCCAUGCUCUGAAUGUGGGAAAUGUUUUCUGUGUAAAUCAGGACUUGUUAGACAUCAGAUAAGUCACACAGGGGAGAAACCAUUUCCAUGCUCUGAGUGUGGGAAAUGUUUUUCACUCAAAUCACAUCUUGCUAGACAUCAGAGAAGUCACACAGGUGAGAAUACAUUUCCAUGCUCUGAGUGUGGGAAAUGUUUUCUGUGUAAAUCAGGACUUGUUAGACAUCAGAGAAGUCACACAGGUGAGAAACCAUUUCCAUGCUCUGAUUGUGAGAAAUGUUUUUCACUCAAAUCACAUCUUGCUAGACAUCAGAGAAGUCACACAGGUGAGAAUACAUUUCCAUGCUCUGAGUGUGGGAAAUGUUUUCUGUGUAAAUCAGAUCUUGUUAGACAUCAGAGAAUUCACACAGGUGAGAAACCAUUUCCAUGCUCUGAGUGUGAGAAAUGGUUUCCACUGAAAUCACAGCUUGAUAGACAUCAGAGAAGUCACACAGGUGAGAAACCAUUUCCAUGCUCUGAGUGUGGGAAAUGUUUUUCACUCAAAUCACAUCUUGUUAGACAUCAAAUAAGUCACACAGAUGAGAAACCAUUUCCAUGCUCUGAGUGUGGGAAAUGUUUUCCACUGAAAUCACAGCUUGAUAGACAUCAGAGAAGUCACACAGGUGAGAAACCAUUUCCAUGCUCUGAGUGUGGGAAAUGUUUUCCACUGAAAUCACAGCUUGAUAGACAUCAGAGAAGUCACACAGGUGAGAAACCAUUUCCAUGCUCUGAGUGUGGGAAAUGUUUUGCACUCAAGUUACAUCUUGUUAGACAUCAAAUAAGUCACACAGGUGUGAAACCAUUUCCAUGCUCUAAGUGUGGGAAAUGUUUUCUAUGUAAAUCAGAUCUUGUUAGACAUCAGAGAAUUCACACAGGUGAGAAACCAUUUCCAUGCUCUGAGUGUGAGAAAUGUUUUCCACUCAAAUCACAGCUUGAUAGACAUCAGAGAAGUCACACAGGUGAGAAUACAUUUCCAUGCUCUGAGUGUGGGAAAUGUUUUCUGUGUAAAUCAGAACAUGUUAUUCAUCAGAGACGUCACACUGGUGAGAAACCAUUUCCAUGCCCUGAGUGUGGGAAAAGUUUUGCACGCAAAUCACAUCUUGCUAGACAUCAGAGAAGUCACACAGGUGAGAAACCAUUUCCAUGCUCUGAGUGUGGGAAAUGUUUUCUGUGUAAAUCAGAACUUGUUAUACAUCAGAGAAGUCACACAGGUGAGAAACCAUUUCCAUGCUCUGAGUGUGGGAAAAAUUUUGCAGGCAAAUCGUAUCUAGUUAAACAUCAAAAAUUACACAGGAGUAAAGCAUUACUAUGAUCUGAUACACAACAGUGUUGUAGCAACACUUUAUUGUAUUGGACAGAUCCGGACUGCCAAUCUGUCACCUCUGGCAUAUUCCAGAAGUGCCAAUGGACUGUUGGUUUCAUCCAGUUCCACAGAGAGAUGGGAAGGCUGUGCAGCGCAGCCUCUGGCUCUCUGGUUUUGCCGCCCCUACUUCCCAAAGUGUCUACCCCACACCCACCCCAUAAAUAAUUACAUACAGUGUGCAUUAGGGAACACAUAUUGUUUUUUCUUACACAGAAUUACCCCUCCCUUUUAGUACCUGAGUGACAUCACAAUCUGAUUGAGCAGCUUGCCAUUAUGUGCAUUGUAUUUAGAGAGGCAUGGGUGGGUCAGCAUUAGGAUGGAUUGCUUACUCCAGAGUGCCAUUGGAGAAGUUAAGGGUGUCUCCAGGUAAGCUGGCUCUAAGAUGCUGUAGGAGCCAUUAUCAUGUGGCCUUACACUGGGCAUACAGACCCAGACAUAUAUGUAAUUAUGUAUGGGGUGGGUGUGGGGUGCGGUGGCUCCUAUGUCGGUAUGGCUGGGCGGCUUCAGUUUUGCACACCCUAACACUUUAUUAACACUUAUGAUUUUCCCUAUGACUUUGUAUAUAUUUUUGUAUUAUUUUAAUCACACUGCACAUACAUAGCACUUAGGUGCUUCUUAUUAACCCUUAUUAACUUUCACCUGUGUACUGACCUGGGGUAGGUGACCUGUGCCGACGUGAUUGGGUCCUGCACCCCGGACCCAUACCUAGUAUUAGGGACCCCCAGUGACGGAGAAGCCUUGCCGAUUGGCCUUGGGGCUUAACCCUAUAGCUGCAAAUAUACGCAACUAAGAUCUCCAUUAUAUCUGAUUAUUAUGUAGUAUUAUUUUUCGCUCAGUGUGCAUUAGGGAACACAAAUAGUUUUUUCUUAGACAUCAGAGAAGUCACGCAGGUGAGAAUACAUUUCCAUACUCUGAGUGUGGGAAAUGUUUUCUGUGUAAAUCAGAACUUGUUAGACAUCAGAUAAGUCACACAGGUGAGAAACCAUUUCCAUGCUCUGAGUGUGGGAAAAGUUUUGCAGGCAAAUCGUAUCUAGUUAAACAUCAGGAAUCACAGGAGUAAAGCAUUACUAUGAUCUGAUACACAACAGGGUUGUAGCAACACUUUAUUGCGUUGGACAGGGUUGUACUGCCCAUCUGUCACCUCUGGCAUUUUCCAGAUGUACCAAUGGACUGGUGGUUUCAUCCAGUUCCACAGAGAGAUGGGAAGGCCGUGUGCAGCGCAGCCUCUGGCUCUCUGGUUUAGCUGCCCCUACUUUCCAAAGUGUCUGUCUCCAUGGAAAUGGGGG